AGUUGGGGUUGAGAGUUACCGUUUAAACGCUUUUCGCCAGAGAGGACGAAGCUAAUAUUUGCACGCUAUUUAUCUCAAUUGUGUUUUUCGUCCAUGUCAAAUGUAACGUUUAAAGGCGGAACAGAAUAAUACCAAAUUGUCGACUUUCAUUCCGGUCAAAAUGUCUAAACUACAGUUGCUGAACGUGUAUGUUACUGAACGACUAACAGCGGCAGUUGCAGAGAUAUCCGUGGCGGUCGACAGAACAGUAGUAGAGUUGUAUGAAGAAAUCUCCCGUUCUAAGGAGGAGAAUAACCGUCUGCGAAGGCUGUUGGAUUUUGUUUUUUUUAACCCAGAGAUAAAGUUAUACAGAGCAGAUCCCCAGCAGCUCACUUUCCUCAAAUCUGAAGAGGAUGUUCCCACCGAGCAGCAGGACUGUGAGCAAGAGUGGCGAGUCAGGCUGAUUCAUGAGGGCCCAGAGCCCACACUGAUUAAAGAGGAACUGCUUACCAGUCAAGAGGAAGAUGAGCUUCUAGGGCUCUUGGAUACCAAAGACUCCAUAUUCACUUCUCCCUGUGUGGAAAGUGACUGUGAUCAGGAGAACCCAUCUCAGCCCUCACAUCUUUACCAAACCCAAACUGUGGAGGACAGAGAGAGGGACUCUCUACUCACCUACACAACUGAAGAGAUAAAAACAGAACCUGAUGGAGAGGAUUACAGAGUAUCAGAACCAGCCAGUGACUCUCAGCCCCUCUCUGCAGUAAAUCCAGACUGUUCUGCAGCUCAGAGUGAAAACAAGAAAAGUGAUGAUGAGGUGGAGAGUGGAGGACUACAAUCAGGGUCUAAGACACUCGAAUCAAAGAGAAAACAGAAAAAGAAAGGAGAAAGGUUCCAUACCAGUGCUGGAGGCAGGAGGGGUAAAUCCAAGAAGCGUUCGAACCGUAUGUGUGGGAAGUGUGAGCCAUGCAGGAGGACUGAGGACUGUGCUCAGUGUGAUUUCUGUAAAGACAUGAAGAAGUUUGGAGGACCCAGUAAGACCAGACAGAAGUGCAGACUCAGGCAGUGUGACGUCCACGCUCCGGAAAUGCUGCGUGUGAAGGAUGAGGAGGGCAGGCGGAUCCUGAGGAGAGGAGGACAUCCGUCUGACGACAGUGAGAAUAAGAUGGAGUGUGAUGAAGCUGCACGCCCGUCACUAUAAAAAUGCACUGAACUAACUUGCAUGGCUGUUGAUGACUCUGAUGUUUAGAUGAACAGAAUGAAAUAGUCUCUAUAAUGCACAGCGCUUAACUCAGACAGCUGUUUGUAGCUGUUGGGAAAGUAUUUCAAAGCCUAAACUUGAUCACUCAGGAUGGAACUUUCCAGUGCUAGUGUUUUUGCCAUGUAAUAUUUUAUUAAAAGAAAAACAGACAAACAUAUCGUAGAAUAGUUGACCUAUUUAUCUAGUCUGCUUGUGUGUUCUAUGUGAGAUAAAUAUUCCUCUCAAGGUGCAUUCAAGUUGUGAGAGC